AUGGGCACCGGGUUUAAAUUCUCGGCCAAUGAUGUGUUGGCAAUGCAGGAGUUAUGUGGAUAUGAAACCGUCAUACGUGGGUCAUCGCUCUUUUGUCCUAUCUUUAACCCGGAAGAAUGGCUUUCUUUUGAAUAUUAUUUUGACAUAAAGUACCACUAUGAGUUGGGCUAUGGGACCGACAUAUCACCUAGUCUCGGUAUGCCCUGGGUCGUGGCAUCGAGCAAACUUCUCGAGGAUACCAAAACUAUGGAUCAAGAUCUUUACGUUAGUUUCACCCAUCGGGAGGUGCCGCCAUUUGUCUUGACGGCAUUGGGCCUCUACAAUAAUUCAUGCUAUGCGGACGUCAACGAUAUCAAUACUACGUUUCCGCUUGAUCAGAUUAAUUACCAACGUGCGUGGCGAACAAGUGAACUCAUUCCCUUUUUGGGUCAUGUGGCGCUGGAACGUCUGAACUGCGUGUCCGUUACUCACAAUGGAUCGUUCGUCAGAGUUCUGAUAAAUUCGGCACCAAAUCCCCUACCACAUUGUGCCUCCGGUCCAGGCGGUAGUUGCCCUUUGCGACACUAUAUGGAUUAUAUUCAGCAGCGUCAUGCGCUGUACGGAAAUUUUUCAAAAGCUUGUGGAGUCCGAUACAAGAAACCCACUAAUAUGUUAUCUAUUUAUUCAUGA